AUGCUCAAUAAAAUGCCGUUGAAUGUAAAAAAAGAGGGCAGACUAAAAUCGGAAAAAUCUUUAAUAAUAGAAGGCAAUUUGCAGGAAAUAAAAUCAGACACGACAUUUAGAAAAAUAAAGUCCGAAGCAAUGGCACAUUUCGAUCGCGACAAGGACGACUUGUUUGAUAUGUUCAAAAUGCAGAAAGAUCACCCAGAAUACAUAAAAGAGGUGUCGGUGCCAUUUUGUGUGCAAAUCUACAUGCUUAUUGGAAUUGUUUGGGGUUCUCCCAUAGAAGAUGUCAAAAGUGUGAGAGAAGUUCAACAUGACAAACAAUUGCAAUCAUCAGUUGAAAAGAUCCAAAUCUACGAUUUAUCAUUGAGAGAUAAAAGAUCACCGACUCCUUGGGGAGGCCGUGGGGGUGGAGGAGGGUUUGGAGGCGGUGGAGGUUUUGGAGGUGGUGGAGGCCGCGGAGGCGGGGGUGGUUUUGGCGGUGGUGGAGGCUGGGGAGGCGGUGGUGGAUUCGGAGGAGGCUUUGGAGGUAAGCAAUAUUUAUUACGUAGAGGCCAUGGGGGUGGCAGAGGAGGACACGGUGGGCAUCAUAAGCUGUGUGGCGGUUGUGGAAAGUGAAAGGAUAUCAAUUAAUCAUGAGGAUUUCUAUGAGAUCCACAAUAGUUCUUACUUAUUUUAUUGAAUUUUGAAUGUACAUUUUGAAGAAAAUGCUAACAAAUUUUUAGAGUACAAGCUAUACCCUCCCAGCAUUUUAUUUUUAGAAAAAAUAAAUACAUAUAUAUAUUUAUAUUUUUUUUUAUAAAACUUUAGUGGAGAGUCGCCUAAUAUUGGAUACUUUUUUUUAAACUGGAAAAUUAUAUUAAAAAAAAAUCCCUACAUUUGUGCUAGUUUAAUGGAG